CCUCUCCUGUUGCUGCAGCGGGGGCCCCACCUCAGAUCCAGGCUGAACGGAGAGAAUAGCUCACCUCAGCAUCUCUCCAAGUGAGAAGAGGGAGAUAUAAUUUGCAUCUUUCCAACAAAGUUUUUUCCUUUUUUACAUGUGUUAUUGAGUUUACCAUAGUUUUUGACACCGGUAAUACCUGUGCUGAAAGAGAAGGGAAAAAUAUAACUUUAAAACCUCGGAUUUACCUAUGCAUUUUAUUUAUUACUUUUUAUUUCUUUUCUGUGCAUCCGAUAUUAAAACGAGGACAAUUGGAUACCUGCGCACUGAAGGAGCUUCAUCUGGGACUCACAUUCCAGUGCGAUGCAGCGCAUGUGACUCCAGCCAGCAGCCAAACAGACUCUAGUAGGCUAAACCACGAUGAAAGACGAAUUCACAGAUGAAGAGGAGGUGCAGUCCUUCGGCUAUAAACGGUUCGGAAUUGAGGAGGGAAGUGAGUGCACAAAGUGUAAAAAUGAUUGGGUACUAAGGGCAGCCAUCGCUCUCCUCUAUGUGCUCUGUGCUCUUCUCACCAUCGCCGUGGCUGUCCUUGGAUACAAAGUUGUUCAGAGGAUGGACAAUGUCACAGAGGGCAUGCAGAAUUAUGGGGUCAAGAUUGAUGCUGUGGAAAUGGACUUCAAGAAACUAGAUGAUCAAGCAGAAGAGAAGUCCCUCAACGCCACCAGUGAAAUUAAUACCUUCAAAUCAGACCUGGAAGCAUUGCAAAACCAACUGAACGACAUUAGCAGUAAAUCAUCAAACAACAGAGACAUAUUAGAAGAACUGCUGGUCUCAGGAGACAACAUGAAGAAUGGCCAUCUCUCGCUUCAAAGUUUUCUGGCUGGCAACGCAGACUCACUGCGAGGGAUCAACCAGUCCUUGGCUUCCUACAGUGGAAUGAUUGAUGACCUGCAGGCAGACACUGCGCGGCUCCAGUCUGAGCUCCAGGACCAGGUCAAAGUGCAAAGUGAGGCUCAAGUUAGCAUCAGUUUUCUUAAUAUCACACAAGGCCAGCAGCAGAACUUGCUCAGCACGCUGCAGAAGACAGUUGAAGAUGUUAGCCAGGCAGUACAGAAUCUAAAGAAUGACUAUCAGAUUCUGCAGCAAACAGCCAAUCGAACGCGUUCAGACUCACAGUGGUUGAAACAAAAACUCCAGAAUCUUCAGGUUCUGGCUGCAAAUAAUUCUGCUCUGGCCACAUCCAAUGGAGAUACACUAAAUGAUUUGAGAGCCCAGCUGAAUGAUUUGGCCAGUCAAAUACAAAACACCUCAGCCAUUGCAGAGACCCAUGACCAAGGCUUACGUGAGCUAAUGGACCGACAGAGAGAUAACGAUAAUGUCACCUCAUCAAAGUUUGAGGAGAUGGAAGCACGAUUGGAAAGGCAUGAAAGCAACAUGGACCGCGUUACAGGAAACAUGAGCUUUGCAACACAAAUUUUAGGUGUCAUCAGCUCUGAUCUGACUGGCUUGAGAUCGUGCGCUGAAACAGUAAUGAGACAUACCGACCUGUUAGCAGGACUGAAUACUACUAUGGAAGAUGUCAAGGCCAACAGCAAAGACCUGCGCAUGAAGCAGGAGGAGCUUGCAAGCAGGUUGGACCAAGAAGUGAUCAACCUGUCUAUGGUGAUGGAGGAGAUGAAGCUGGUAGACAAACAGCACUCACAGCUGAUUACCAACUUCACAAUCCUGCAGGGUCCACCAGGUCCAAAAGGCUCCAGGGGUGAUACAGGUCCCCAAGGCCCAAUGGGUCAGACAGGGAAAAAAGGUGAUAAAGGAGACAAAGGAAUGCCAGGCCAGGUGGGGCCAAAGGGAGACAGAGGUGCUAUUGGACCACCAGGAGGGACUGGUCCAAAAGGUUUACCUGGAGCUCGUGGGCUUCCAGGACCUAAAGGAUCAAGAGGGAUUGGAGGUAGACCUGGAACCCCUGGUGAGAAAGGCGACCCUGGAGCUAAUGGAUAUCCUGGGUUGGAUGGAAAAUCUGGAUUGCCAGGACCACAAGGACCACAGGGACCUAGAGGAGAAGCAGGACCUCCAGGGAUAGAGGGGCCUCGUGGGCACGUUGGUCCAAUAGGCCCUGCUGGUCCCCCGGGCCCUCCAGGUCUCCCUGGACCGCCUGUCAUUAUCAAACCUUCCAGUGCCCCCCAUGUUGUCGAAGCUCCUAUACCAAGUUUAGCUCCAGUAACAACAGAAAAAUCGAGAACCUCUGCAUCAAGACAAGAACAACCUCCAGCUGCUGUUUCCACUACCACACCUGGUUGUCCUCCGGAAUUCCGAGGGUUUGGGAACAGCUGCUAUUACUUCUCUUCUAGUUCCCAAAGACUUAACUUUAAUGAAGCAAGCAAGUUCUGUAAAAACAUGUCCUCCCAUUUGCUCAUCAUCAAUGACAAUGAAGAGCAGCAAUUUAUAAAAAAUUCAGUCUUAAACAAGGGAUAUUUCUGGUUGGGUCUUACUGACAAGGAGGAGGAAAAUGUCUGGAAGUGGGUGGAUGGAACCAUACCAGUGUUUACAAACUGGAAACCUGGUCAGCCAGAUAACUGGACUCAUGGUCAUGUAAAUGGUGAAGAUUGUGCAGGUCUUAUCCAACAUGCUAAAUGGAACGAUUUCUACUGCACAGACCGCAUAGGAUUCAUCUGUGAACGGACUUCUGAGUCGAUGCCUCUCUUCACCACCAAUCCCUUUGACCAAGAUGUUGAGAAAGCAACCAGUGAGAUGAACACGGCUGAGGAUUGGGGCCUCAUUCUGGACAUAUGUGAUAAGAUAGGACAGUCCCGCACUGGGCCUAAAGAAUGUCUGCGCUCUAUAAUGAGAAGAGUAAAUCACAAGGAUCCCCACGUGGCCAUGCAGGCAUUGACUCUCCUGGGUGCUUGUGUUUCAAACUGUGGUAAAAUCUUCCACUUGGAGGUUUGUUCCAGAGAGUUUGCCAGUGAAGUCAGUAAUGUCUUAAACAAGGGUCACCCAAAAGUAUGUGAAAAGCUGAAGGCACUGAUGGUGGAGUGGGCUGAGGAUUUCCGCAAUGAUCCACAGCUCAGUCUCAUCUCGGCGAUGAUCAAAAACCUACGUGAGCAAGGUGUCACCUUUCCAGCUGUGGGUUCCCAGGCUGCAGAACAAGCAAAAGCAAGUCCAGCACUGGUGGCAAAGGAUCCCUCCACCACAACAAAUAAAAAAGAGGAAGAAGAUCUAGCCAAAGCUAUUGAGCUGUCACUAAAGGAGCAACGUCAGCAGCCACAGACCUCCCUGUCGAGCCUUUACCCAAGCACUUCCAGCCUGCUCUCCACACACAAGUCUGACGGCAGAAAGGUCCGCGCCAUAUAUGACUUUGAGGCUGCAGAGGACAAUGAGCUCACUUUUAAGUCUGGAGAAAUCAUCACUAUCCUGGAUGACAGCGACCCCAACUGGUGGAAAGGGGAAACGUACCAAGGAGUCGGCCUGUUUCCCUCCAACUUUGUCACUGCUGAUCUCACUGCUGAGCCCGAGAUGAUAAAAACCGAGAAGAAGACUGUGCAGUUCAGUGAGGAGAUCCAGGUAGAGACAAUAGAGCCUGAACAGGAGCCUGUAUAUAUAGACGAGGACAAAAUGGACCAACUGCUCCAAAUGAUUCAAAGUGCAGAUCCUACUGACAACCAGUCAGACAGCGUUGAGUUACUCCAGCUGGAAGGUGCCUGUAAUCAAAUGGGACCCCUCAUUGACCAGAAGCUGGAGGAUAUAGACGGGAAGCACUCUGAGCUGUCAGAGCUAAAUGUGAAGGUGAUGGAGGCAUUGUCUCUCUACGCAAAGCUGAUGAAUGAAGAUCCAGUAUAUGCCAUGUAUGCCAAGCUGCAGAGCCAGCAGUACUACAUGCAACAGCCUGCUAAUGCAGCACAGCAGGUCUACCCCGGUCAGCCUGUGUCAGGCUCUUACUCCAUGAGCAGUACUGGGGUGCAAGGAUAUACGGUCCCUGUGGAGCAACUUCCAGCUGGUGCUCACAUUCCUGGUCAGCCAGCUCCAAGCGAUGUCCACAUGUACAUGGGCCAGCCACCGGUUUACUCUGCAGCCCCUGGCACUAUGGCUCCAGCAGAUGUUCAGUCCUACCCAAAUCCAGCAAGCACGGCAGGCCCUGCACCGUGCUCAGCACCUGCCAGCAUGUCGCAGACGGCAAACUACAGCAACCCAUCCGGCACAAGCUUAGCACCUCCCUCAGACGUCCAUCAGGCUCCUUACUCUGAGAAAGCCCUGCUAUAGGGCCUUCUUACAGAUAGGACAAACAACAUAUGGUUAAUCCAUUGUAAGAAAUAGUUCAUUGUUGUUCCCAUUAAAGAGCAACAACAGUUUUAAAAAAAUGUAACAUCAGGCAAACACUGGCAUUUGGUGCACCUUGUGUUUUAUUUGGUGAAUCCAUAUGUGAAAAUCCAUUUAAUAUCAUAUUUGCACAUUCUUAACUACUCAGAUGUUGGAACAAUUUUGGUUCGACAGAUUUGUGUUUUUGUCAUGAUUUGUGUCUAAGCUCCUAAUCUAAAUCUGGCCACAAAAAACUUACACUUCAAAUAUAAAAAAAAUAUUACAUUUACAUAUUUAACAAUUGUUAGUUUCUUUAGAUUUUUUUCAAAAACUAUAUAGACGUUUUAAAACGGUCUUCUAGAAAUUUAUAAACAGAGAACAAUAGAAAUUUUAGUGCACAUUUUAUUUUUAAUUUAAACAUUUCUUACUAUGUGUGCAUAUAAAAAUUUGAUCAGAUUCAGUAAUUCAGCUGAAAAGAAGAAAAUUACAUUGAAUCUACAGUAUAUACACAGAAGAAGAGGUUUUUGAGCAUUUAUAUCUGUAUUUUGAAGAUUAUGGCUUACAGCUAAUUAGAAAAUAAGACUUUGGUCAUUAAAAAAAUAUAGCUAAAACCUAAUUCAAAAUGAAAAGUAAAGUAAAGCAUUUUUAAACAUAUUUCGCCUUGAUUUUAGCUGUGAUUCACACGUUUAGCCAUUAGACCAUCCUUGUUGAGACUGCUAAAAAAAGCCUUUGUGGUAGAAAUGUUCUUUGUGUUUAUGUACAUCAUUGGAUAGCCAAAAUCUACUAUUUAUUUCUUCUAGGGGCAUUAUUUAAUAUCCUUUUUGAUAAAACAAAGUCUAAGUUUAAGUUUAGCUGAAAGCCAUAAUUAUCAAAAUUACAGAAUAAAUGAACGCUUCAAAUAUAUUACUGGGAUGCUCCUAUAAAUAAUUAUUAGAACUUGUCUCAAAUUUUUCUUUAAAAAUGUCCGGUUCUUAGAAACAAAAACAUUUUACCAAGUAACCAAGUGUAACUGUAGCUAUAUCAGUGCAAUUAAAUUAAGGUAAUUCAAAUGAUGCGUGUUAUCCAUAGCCGUUUCAUGUUGCUAUUUAAAGGCCUACCUCUGAGGUCUUUAAAACACUAAGAUUGAAGACUUUGUUGUGCCACAAUAAGCUCCUCCACUACAACUAGUUACAGUCAUGUUUUUCUUUUUUGCUAUUUCUUUAUUUAAAGCAAAACACUAAACUGAAAAUAUUGUUCUCCUCUCAAUAUUUUACAAGUGUCAUCAACUUUUACUGAAACCUGAAGCCUCUUUGAUUUUCUGUAGGGAAAAGAAACAAAAGGAGCAGAAGCAUGCACCUGACACAUGUAUAUACUGUACUGAAGUAACCCCCUCGAGGUUGGAUAUAUGUUGGUUCAGUUCUUGUUGUUUUCUCUAAAACUGAUUUCUGGUUUCCACAUAGCCCUGGUGAAUGAAAGACCUAUAACUAUCCCUACAUGCCUGAUUUCCCUUCUGACACAAAUAGUUCUGUAUCCUUUUUUAAGGGGAUACCAGCCACCUUACCUCUUUCAGGGCUGUGCCAACAAGUAUGCACCUCUGAUGUGGUUACAAGGGGAAAACUCUGAGCCCCAUAGAUUUUUUGUUUUACUUUUAUUUUAAAGCAUCUCUAUUGCUAUUGAUUUUUUUUUUAUUGUAGUACAUUCUAAUUUAUGAUUAAUUAUUGCUAUAUUUUUGAUGAAGUAUUGCAGGAUGUAUGUAUUCAAGAAAAGAGUUGGAUGUGUGAUAUUCUGCCCAACUACAAUGUAUAUUUCAGAUAAAACCUUGAAAUUUGUAUUUUAUUGUACUGUAGGUUUAAUGGUUACAUUAGUACUGACUGAACUUGAGCCCCAGAGGUGUCUGUCAUUUCUUAGACUUGUGUUAACACUGAGGGAAGUUUUAUUUUAUAAAGAGGCAUUAGUUUAAGAUGAUGUUUAGUUUGCUAUCUCUCACCCAACAUGAAAUUAUGCAUUUAGUGUAUUAAUCCUAAAUAAUUUAUAUGGCUUCUACAUGUAGCAAGUCUUUGAGAAGGAUUCAGUGUUUGAAAAAUUUGACUUAUGAAAUAAAUAUGUCUGUGUAUUUUAUUAAAUCAUGCUUUUUGAAGGAAAUUUGAAGUACAAAUGCUAAACUAAACUCUAGAAUUGGGAAAAGGUUUCAGUACUACGGUGAAAAACUUCUCUCAUUUAGCUUUCUCUUUGUUAUAGGUCGAGUCUUGCUACUUGCCAACUAAAGAAUGCAAGGCAAAUUUUACUUUAGGCUUAGUACUUAGACUUUGUUUAAUGAUAAUUUAAUUUAAAUGUAGUUGAGAUAAAAUAAGUUACUUAUUAUUUUUGUUGCCUUUAGUUUAAUGGAAGAGAAUCUACUCUGUUAAACCUUGCAGUUUUCUGUAUAUUGUCAUCAUCUAAAUGGAGCAUCUUAUUGCACCGCAGCGUUGGGCUGCAACUCUGAUGUAACUUUUUUUUUUCUUGUACAGGAUUGAAAUGCUGCCUGUGUUUUUUUUUUUUUUUUUUUAUCCAAGGUUCUCAUAAAGGUUCUGUCCAAAGUUGUACUCUGCUGUUUCUAUGUUUUAACCAUGCCUAAUAAUUGGUAUUCACAAUAAAGCCAGGCCAAGUGUAUAGAGUAA